AUGCCUGCCGGUGCUUGGAUCAGCACUCAGAUAACAACGAUAGGCCCAAUUGCGAAAAGAGGGAUACCGAAUGUUAAGAAGGUGGUCGCCGUUGCGAGUGGCAAGGGAGGAGUAGGGAAGAGCACUGUCGCAGUCAACCUGGCUUUCGCACUCGCACUUCAUCGGACACGCCCGCGAGUAGGUAUCCUAGACUUGGACAUAUUCGGCCCUUCCGUCCCAAAACUCAUGGGCCUCGACGACGCGUCCGAGCCGCAUCUCACAUCUUCCGGUGCUAUUCUUCCCUUGACGAACCACUCCCUUCCAUGUAUGUCCAUGGGCUUCCUCCUCCCCCAAACCUCCUCUUCAAGCGAAGACACCCCCGUCGUCUGGCGCGGGCUCAUGGUCCAGAAGGCCGUGCAGCAACUCCUGUUCGACGUCGACUGGAGACAGGGCGAGGGUUUGGACGUGCUGGUGGUCGAUAUGCCGCCCGGCACGGGCGAUGUCCCGCUCACUCUCGGGCAGUUGGUUGUCGUUGAUGGUGCGGUGAUUGUUUCUACACCGCAAUCCGUGUCCCUGUCCGAUGUGCGGAAGGGGAUAGCGAUGUUUCGCAAAGUGGAUGUCCCGAUAACAGGCCUGAUCCUCAAUCAAUCCUACUACAAGUGUACCUCGUGCUCGAGCCCACAAUAUUUAUUCGGCCCGCCAGAUCGCUUCCUCGAAGUCGCUCAGCACUUGGGCGUGCGCGUCCUGGGUCAACUGCCCCUCAUACCAGAUGUCAGCGUGAAGAGCGAUGCGGGUGUGCCAUACAUGCUCGCGGGCAAGGCUGACGAGGAUGAAUGGAGGGGUGUCAUGAGUGGCGUCGCCGAUGCCGUGCUGGAGGCUGUUGGCUUGCCGUCGUAAUCUGCAACGUAAAGACGAUUCCUCACCG